AUGCAGCCAAGCAACGUGCAGUUAACAGCUCCGAUAUGUCCGAACAACGUGCAGUUGACAGCUCCGAUGCAUUCGAAGCAACGUGCAGUUGACAGUUCCGAUGCAGCCGAGCAACGUGCAGUUGACAGUUCCGAUUCAGCCGAGCAACGUGCAGUUAACAGAUCCAAUGGUUUUGUGAAACGUGGAGUUAACAGCUCCGAUUCAGCUAAGCAUCGUGCAUGUGAUGGCGCACAUGUAUCCGAGCAACGUACAGGUGACAGUUCCAUGCGGGCGGAUGUGCCUCGGCUGCUUCUGCUGCUAUUGGGUCUAUGGGGCUUUGCGGCCCUGUGCUGA